CAGCCUGAAGCAGAGGGCUCUGGACAUCUUCCUUCUGCUCAGGCUCUCCCGGAGGACCUCACGGCUAUUCCUGGCUGCAGGAAAAUGUACUGGGGAAAUCAUGUUAGAAUUCUUUUCACUUUGACUCUGGUCUGGCAGGCUGUUCAUUUAGAAAAAAGCCCUGAAAAAGAAGAACGGAAAGAAGUUGUGAAAGGUCUCAAUGCUACAGCACUAAAGCAGCAGCCCAAGAACGAAGGGACCUUUACAAAUGCGCUCAGUGAUAUGAAUCAGAGUUACGAAAGUAGAAAGCAACAGAGUUCCAGGUCUUUAGUGCCUUUCACUGGAAUUACAGAGAGUAAAAAACUGAACAGACGCUGCUGCCAGAAUGGAGGAACUUGUAUCCUGGGGACCUUCUGUGCCUGCCUGAAGUACUUCACUGGCAGACACUGCGAAUAUGAUGAGCGGCUAGGAAACUGCGGCAGCAUUCCCCACGGCGUCUGGGUGCUGAAGGACUGCUGGCUGUGUCGGUGUGCCUAUGGAACACUGCACUGUCUCUCGGAAAUAAGGCAGAGUAACUGCGAACUGACAUCGGAAACAGAGGAAAUUAUCAGACUGUAUUCUAAUGGUUUAAGAUUACAGCAAACAGUGAUUUCAGUCACUUGCCUGCUCGCCAUCCUCUGGAGUUCUGCUAGCUGGCAGCUGUGA